CAGCAGGAACAAAUACACGUCAAAAGGCACUUCAUCCUGGAAGCUAUUUGCACAGAAGCCUGAGCCCCAAGAAGUCCCUUUCGUUAGUGGUGGUCGUGCUGCUCAGGUGAGAAGAGAGAGGGGGACAGCCCAGGGCUCAGUUCUGGGGCUCGCCUGGUACCCACUGGAGCACAGCUGAAUACAACUGAACAGUGACACCACCCUGGGUUCUCCUGACGUCCCAGCAGAAGUGGGUUUCUCUCUCCCAAGCUGUGGUCCGCACCCAGACUUCUCAUGUGAAUUUUUGAAAGAAGAUUAAACACUGUCCUGGAAAAUAACUUGAUUGUAGUGAAGAAGACUUAGUGGAAAAGUGAAUGUAUUACAGAGAAAUGGCUUUAUGGAUCUGGACACUGAGCAUUUUGAGCUGUUUUUGCAUCACCUUAUCCAGAAAUGAGGAACCGAUUCCUUUCCAGAGCGCUACAGAGCUAAAUCAUCUAACAGUGGAUAACGACACUGGGAUUAUCUAUUUGGGAGUGGUAAAUGCUUUGUAUCAGCUUACAGAAAACCUGGAAGUAAUAAGGUCUGUAGAAACAGGUCCAAGAAAGGACAACAAAAAAUGCACACCUCCCAUUGAUGAAAAUCAAUGUAAAGAGGCAGUACUGACUGACAAUUACAACAAACUAUUGUUGCUGAACAAGGCGGAUAAAACAAUUGUGGUGUGUGGAAGCCUUUUUAAGGGAAUCUGUGCCAUCAGAGAUCUAGAAGACAUUAGCCAUGAGAAGUAUUAUGUAGACAGUAGCGGAGAAAAGUCUUUUGUGGCAAGCAACGAUGAGAAUGUAUCAACUGUGGGACUGAUCACUUCCUUGAAUAAUGACCGAGUGCUGUUUGUUGGGAAAGGGAAUGGACCAAAUGAUAAUGGGAUAAUAAUCAGCACUCGGCAGCUCUACGAAAGGGACGGGAAAGACAUUUUUGAAAUGUAUACAGACUCGGCAGCUGUGAAGUCAGCUUAUCACUCGUCAAGCACACAACAAUUUGUGGCAGUCUUUGAGGAUAAAAAUUAUGUUUAUUUUAUUUUUAAUCAGCAAGAGAAACAGCCCGUCAAUAACCGCACACUGAUUGCACGUCUGUGCAAAGAUGAUGCCCAUUAUUAUUCCUACUUUGAAAUGGACUUGGGUUGCAAAGAUGAUGAUGGUGCCUAUGACCACUGUCACUCUGCUUACGUCACUACCCCAGGAGAAGAGCUGGCUGAGAGCAUGGCUCAGCAGAGACAAACCACGGAUGCUCUCUCAGAUGACAAAGUUCUUCUUGCACUCUUCAGCAAAGUAAACAAAGAUAACGGCUCUCUAAAAUCUGCCAUGUGUGUGUUUUCCUUGCGGCACAUCAAUGAAAAGAUGGAAAAAAACCGGAACGAUUGCUACACUAAAAAGAAUACCAGCUCAUUUUACAAACUUUUUUCAGCAGAAAACCCGUGUGCAUCACAUGGACUGAAUGCAAGCAAAACUUUCCCCUGUGGCUCCGAACACUUGCCGUACCUUUUGGGAAGUAAGAAUGGUGUUAUAGAGAAGCCGGUACUGCAAAAAGAAGGGAUGAAUCUCACGGCUGUCACUGUGGCUGUGGAGAACGGACAUACUGUGGCCUUUCUUGGAACGUCAAAUGGCAAAAUUCUUAAGGUGUUCCUUUCAUCUGCUGCGACUGAGUACAGCUCUCUUACUAUUGAACUAAACAAACCCAUAAAGAAUGACCUGGCUCUUGACCGAACCCAAGAAAACCUGUAUGUGAUGACCACAGACAAGGUGCAUCGGCUACCUGUGCAGAACUGCCAAGACUAUUCAGACUGUGAAAAGUGUAUUCAAGCGAGGGAUCCAUACUGUGGCUGGUGUGUGAGAGAGGGCAGGUGCACAAAGAAGACAGACUGUGGAACAGCUGAUAAGGAGAACCACUGGCUGUGGAGUCCAAGUGGCACAUGCAUGACUAUCAUUAAUGCAAACCCUCUAAAUAUGAGUCGCAGAGCCCCCACAAAGGUGGAACUGACUGUAAGUCCAUUGCCAACUCUGACUGACAGUGACACGGUUUUGUGUACAUUUGGUGGAACAGCCCGUGAUGCUCAAUUAAAAGAUGGGGUUAUUAUCUGUGAUCCACCCGAUAUAAUUCCUCCAACACCAAGAGGUCAAGAGGAGCAAACUGCAGUCAGUGCUGGACGGCAGGAGUUGUCUCUCUGCACUGCUGGCAAUGCCGGGGUGGUUUGGGGAGCUUCCCUGCUCGAACUUUUGCAGCAUGGUCGUUGA